AUGGAAAACAUAAAGGACACAUAUUUUCGCCAGAAACGAAAGAACAAGUCUGGAACUGGGUCCGCAGCGCCUAAAAAUCGUAGAUCUAAGUUUGGAACCUAUGAUCACCUGCUUACGUUUCUACAGUUAGUGCCAAACGAACGUUCAACAGAAUCUAAUAUUGAAGAUACGGAUUCUACACAAGAGAGUCAAACUUCUGACCAAGCUUGUGAGCAGUUAAGUUCUGUAUCAUCAGCAGGAGAAACUAGAAAUAUAGUUGAACUUGAAACCGUCAAUGAAGAAAUAACUUCGGGAACAUUUUCGGCCCCAAACCCAGUAUUUCCAAGAUCCAAUAGAAAACGGAUGCGUCAAAAUAAAGAUGAGAUCAUAUCUUUUCUGCAGAAAAGAGAAGAAACGCGCCAAAAAGCUUUAGAGACUAUAGCUAAUAGAAAUGUUGAGGACCCAGAACUAGCUAUGUUUUCAGACUACGUUGAAAAUGUUUUACAAAAAUUACCGUCCACUUUGAAAGUAAAGGCAAAAAAAGAAAUUUUUGACGUCCUCGUGAAGUAUGAAUAUGAAUCGUUGAACGUUGAAGCAUCUACACCUAUGCUGCCUGCUAAACUUAAUUCACCCGAACUAUCAGCCGAUUCCGUUCUGCGUACAAAUCAAAAUACGCUGUCCACAUAUAACUUCCGGGCGUACUCGCCUAUAUCACAAGCAGUGGACAUGGACAUGGAAGCUACGGACUUAAGUUUAAUACGUAUUAUUACAGAAGAUGACGGAACAUACGAU